GAGGGGAGAGGAGGGCCAGCCCAGGGGACAAGGCGGGGCAAUCUAGCCUCGGAAUAGGUAGCGGAGAGGCCUCUGGGAAACCGGAAGUGAGUAUUGUACUUGGUUCCUCCCCCCUCCGCCACUUCCAAAGUCUUUACUCCGCCGGCCCUGGAACUCCCUCUGCCCCGGGCCUGGAGCCUCGGGAGUCUGGAGUCCCAGGGAUGGCCUUGGAGAGGGACAGACUCCCAACCCAGGAGGCGGUCACGUUCAAGGAUGUGUCUGUGGACUUCACACGGGAGGAGUGGUGCCUCUUGUCCCCUCCCCAGAAGGAGCUGUACAAGGAGGUGAUGCUGGAAAAUGCCCAGAACCUGCUCUCUGUGGGGCUUCCAGCUCCCCCAGAAGAAGUGGUCUCUUAUUUGGAACAGAGAGAAGCCCCAUGGAUGCUGGAGCAAGAAGGCCUGAGGAGCUGUCCAGAAGGAGAGAUUAGACUUGAAAUGAAGGCAAAUUCAACAGAGGUGAGCUAUCCUGUGGAAGAAAUGGACUUACAAAGAUUCAUGUGUAGCAAUCCUGAUAACUUUGCUUCUAAGGAAUUCUGUGUUGCACGUCAAAAUUCAUCUCUUAUUGAACAUCAAAGAAUUCACCCUGAAGAAAAGUCUAGUGAAAAUAAUCAGUGUAGAAAUACUUUUAUGCAUAGAUCCAGUCUUGCUAGACAUGCCAGAAUCCAUACUAACAAGGAACGUUAUGAAUGGAAACAAUAUGGAAAGACAUUCAGUCAGAGCUCCAGUAUUGCUGGACAUCAGAGAAUGCACACUGGGGAGAAUCCUCAUGAAUGCAAGCAGUGUGGAAAGAUGUUCAGUCAAUGCUCCAGUCUUGCUUUACAUCAGAGAAUGCAUACUGGGGUUAAGCUUUAUGAGUGCAAGCAAUGUGGGAAGACAUUCAAUCAGAGCUCCCAUCUUGUUGUACAUCAGAGAAUGCACACUGGGGAGAAACCUUAUGAAUGCCAGCAGUGUGGAAAGACAUUCAGUCACAGCUCCAAUCUUGCUGUACAUCAGAGAAUGCACACUGGGGAGAAACCUUAUGAAUGCCAGCAGUGUGGAAAGACAUUUACUCGCACCUCCAGUCUUGCUGUACAUCAGAGAAUGCACACUGGGGAGAAACCGUAUGAAUGCAAGCAGUGUGGAAAGACAUUCAAUCAGAGCUCCAGUCUUGCUGUACAUCAGAGAAUGCACACUGGGGAGAAGCCUUAUGAGUGCAAGCAAUGUGGAAAGACAUUCAGUAAGAGCUCAAGGCUUGCUGUGCAUCAGAGAAUGCACACUGGAGAAAAACCUUAUGAAUGCAAGCAGUGUGGAAAGACAUUCAAUCAGAGCUCCAAUCUUGUUGUACAUCAGAGAAUGCACACUGGGGAGAAACCUUAUGAAUGCCAGCAGUGUGGAAAGACAUUUACUCGCACCUCCAGUGUUGCUGUACAUCAGAGGAUGCACACUGGGGAGAAACCUUAUGAAUGCAAGCGGUGUGGAAAGACAUUCAGUCACAGCUCCAAUCUUGCAGUACAUCAAAGAAUGCACACUGGGGAGAAGCCUUAUGAGUGCAAGCAAUGUGGAAAGACAUUCAAUCAGAGCUCCAGUCUUGCUGUACAUCAGAGAAUGCACACUGGGGAGAAGCCUUAUGAGUGCAAGCAAUGUGGAAAGACAUUCAAUCAGAGCUCUAGUCUUGCUGUUCAUCAGAGAAUGCACUCUGGGGAGAAGCCUUAUGAAUGCAAGCAAUGUGGAAAGGCAUUUAGUAUGAGCUCCCAUCUUGUUGUACAUCAGAGAAUGCACACUGGGGAGAAACCUUAUGAAUGCAAGCAAUGUGGAAAGAUAUUCAAUCAGAGCUCCAGUCUUGCUGUACAUCAGAGAAUGCAUACUGGGGAGAAACCUUAUGAAUGCCAGCAGUGUGGAAAGACAUUUACUCGCACCUCCAGUCUUGCUGUACAUCUAAGAAUGCACACUGGGGACAAGCCUUAUGAAUGCCAGCAGUGUGGAAAGACUUUCAGUCAGAGCUCCAGUCUUGCUGUACAUCAGAGAAUGCACACUGGGGAUAAACUUUAUGAAUGCCAGCAGUGUGGAAGGACAUUCACAAGUACCUCCAGGCUUGCUGUGCAUCAGAGAAUGCAUACUGGGGAGAAACCUUAUGAGUGCAAGUAACAUGGAAAGAGAUUCAGUUGUUGCUUCAAUCCUGCCAUAUAUGAAAGCCACACUAGGGAAAAAUCUCAAAAACAAAAGUUGUGUCAAAAAGUGAUUAAAUUCAGGUUCAGUCUUA